AUGAACGAAGCACUCGGGCUGGACGAACUCUCCGAAACUUCCAAAUGCUACCUCCAGGUCUUAGCUGAGGCAUAUGACAAAGCCCAUGGGUGGGACACAAGACGGCAAAUUCUUUCGAUGAUGAGUGGUGUUUCCAAUUAUAAUGAUAUCUCGAGAUUCAUACCUGGCUUAAGUAGAUAUCGUUUUACCAUAGCUAAUCUGCAUCGUCUUCAGCACGGAAGCGGCGCUUCAGUGACCCCCCAGCCUUCAUCAAAGAUAAGAGUCGACCCAAGACAACUGGAUCACUUUUUAUCUUAUAUAACAAGCCCCCAUUUGGUGCAAGAUCUGCCAUUUGGACAAAAAACACUGAAGCUCUCCUCUGGACAACUGGUUGAAGUACCCAAUGUUAUUCGCACCAUGAUACCGCAAAGGAUAGUGCGUCAGUAUACCCAGUACUGCAAAGAGACUGGAUUUGAGGCGUUCAGCGAGCGGACGAUGCUGCGUGUUCUAAAUGAAUGCAAGGCCUCGACCAGAAAGUCUCUCCAAGGCCUUGACUAUUUUGCAGCAGACGGGGCGCGUGCGUUCGAUGAACUAGAAGGCUUGGUUCUUCAAUUGGGGGAGCUUGGUCGUGGAAAGGAGUGGCAAGUGCGAUACGUGAAAUCAUUAAAGGUCGCCAAAUUCUACCUGAAGGGUGAUUUCAAGGUAAGCAACCGAAAGUGUCAAGAAUUCCAAGAAAAUUGGAUUAUGUUUUUCAAGCAGGGUUAUCUUAUUUCACAAAUGGAUGGAAGCAUGGCACGAAAAAACCGUUCCGAUGACAGGUCCACCCUGACUGGGAAAUAUACGUCGGUUUUUGCUCUUGGUAUUCGUUUUUUAUCAGUAUAAAUUAUGCUUGUAAUAGAUUUUGUCUUCUCAGAUUAUUGAGGUUAUUCGAUUUAGAUAACAUGAAGCAUACAUAUUGCAAAUAUUUUUUGUCGUUAAUGUUGCAGUAACAUGGUAAUCCAUGCUUUGUGUCAAGCUGUGUUUCCUAUUUUCACUCAGGUUCACGUGAGCUCUUCUUCUCCCGUUGCAAGUCAUUGCAGUGUAUUUGCUCUGAGUGACACCGAAGAUUCUGACCUGCGGCAGCAAUGCAAACACAACCAUGAUGAGCUCUGUGACCAAUGUGAAAGCUUGCAUUCGACCCUGAACGACAUAUCUACUGCGGUCGAUGAAGCAUCUUUUACCACAGAAGAAGACAAAGACGAAGCUUUGUUUCUCGUUAGCUCUGCUACGCUUGCCAUCAAGUCAUGGAAGUGCCAUUUGCUGAGGUCGACCCAUCAAGAUCAGGCUCGUUUGGACGUCAUCGAUGCCCUUAAUUCUGGAACAGUAUUCAUUGUAAAUGACUGGGCCAUGAAGUUCUUGCCUCAGAGAUACCGCGAGUCACAGACAGACUGGUUUGGUAAGCGGGGUAUUUCUUGGCACAUAUCUGUGGUAUACAGACGAAUGGAGGGUGUGCUACAGUGGCAAGCCUUUAUCCAUGUGAUUCAGUCCUGUACCCAAGGAAGUUCUGCUGUUACCGCGAUUAUGCAACAUGUUCUAGCCACAUUGAAGCAAGAGUAUCCUGAAAUCAACAAGGCCUACUUCAGGCAAGAUAACGCCAGCUGCUACCACUCCUCCCGCACGUUAACGAAGUGCCAAGAAAUUUCAACGAACACCGGAGUGAAGAUAGUCCGCGUUGAUUUCAGCGACCCGCAAGGCGGGAAAGGGGCUGCAGAUAGACUAGCUGCGAGCUGUAAAAGCCACAUUAGAGCAUUUAUUAAUGAAGGCCAUGAUGUCUGCACCGCCAGCGACCUGAAGGAAGCUCUGCUAUCCCAUGGCGGUUUGGAAGGUGUACGAGUGGUUUCUCUGGAUACCAUCGAAGAAACGCCAGACGAUGUGCAAACCAUAACAGGAAUCACCAAGUUGAACAACUUUGAGUUUAGUUCAGUGGGCUCUAUUUCCUGUUGGCGUGCAUAUUCCGUCGGCCAAGGGAAAGUGAUCAAAAUUGAAAAAUCCUCUUCUGGUGAGUUAAUGGUUCUUGAAUGAGCCCAGGCCUUUCUGCUAGUUUAUGACAGUCUGUUCUGUAAGGUUUCUAUUAAUAAGGGAAAAAUUUUAUCCGCAAUGCAUCAUAAAAGACUUUCCAUAAGAGAUUAAAUGUUUACAAAACGCUGCUCAAACAAACAAAACACAAGAAAAAGGGGUGAGUAUUUUAAACCCCUCUUACACGGUAUUCUGUCGUGGGCUGCCUUUGAGGGCUACGCGUUGAUGCAAGAUAAUUAUUUCUUAGCUGUGUGGCUGUCAUAUUUAUAUUUCUCUUAUAUCUUUUGAAGGUCCUGGACAAGGGAUUCUGCAGCCAUCAUUUUCUGCAGGAGAUUUCCGUUCCUAUAAAAUUACCCCCCACAAAUCGUCAGGGGAAGAAAAUGUGUCUGAAGAGACAGCUUCCAUAGAACGUGGUCAGGCAGCAGGGGUGUAUUCAUGUCCUCAAGACGGCUGCACUCGUGUUUUUCAAAGGCUUUCAGCCUUAGAAAAGCACUUGUCACUUGAAAAAUGUACCAGGGUACCAGAAAAAAAUUCUUUAAUGGACUUGGCAAAAAUUGGCUACAAAUCGUAUUUGGUGGAAGGUGUGGGAAAGCUGCCAUCGCUUCAAGCCCCUGUACGACAGGAAGAUUCUCGUGUUUCUCUGAAAGAAGGAUGGGCUCUUAGAGUAGUAAGGAAGGCUUACAGGUUCAGUGAAAAGCAAAAGUCGUACCUUUUAUCUAAAUUUCGAAUAGGGCAGACGACAGGCCACAAGCUUGACGCAGAGGUAGUUGCUCGAGAAAUGCGGCGUGCCGGGGCACCGAUGGUGCACGACUAUUCCAGUCAUCGGAAUUCCUCACAACCACCCAGAUCACCUCCUUCUUCUCAAGACAGAGUGCCUUAG